ACUUUCCCCCACUUGUCCACGAACAUAAGGUUCUAUUCUCUCCUUCCUCCGCAGUGGCGAGCGACGAAAAAUGGCGGGCGAGGGCGAAGGAAACCCUAAUCUGUUCUUCGUGGCGGUCCAUGUGGGCGCUGGCUUCCACUCACCAGCCAACGAGAAGGCCUACAGGGGAGCCAUGAAGCGCGCCUGCCAUGCCGCCGCCGCCGUUCUUCGCAAGGGUGAUGGUGGAUGUUUAGAUGCUGUUUCAGCUGCUAUUCAAGUGUUGGAGGAUGAUCCGACCACAAAUGCAGGCCGGGGUUCAAAUUUGACAGAGAAAGGUCAUGUAGAAUGUGAUGCAAGUAUCAUGGAUGGUUCUGGAGCAUUUGGAGCAGUUGGAGCUGUAAGAGGUGUACGAAAUGCCAUUCAAAUUGCCACUUGCUUGGCUAAAGAACAGACAACUGGGUCGUCCUUGCUUGGUCGAAUACCUCCAAUGUUCUUGGUUGGUGAAGGAGCACGUGAAUGGGGAAAGUCAAAGGGCUUAACCAUACCUUCAAGUAUUUUAGAAGAAGAUUCUUGGCUGGUGACAGAAAAGGCAAAGUCACAGUGGAUGAAGUACAAAGCAAUGCUUGCCGAUGCCAAGAAAAAGAGUGAAUGCUCUACGGAAGUGCCUACCUUAGCAUGUAGGACUGCAUCAUUGCCUACAGACACAGAAGUGGAUGAAUCACAAUCUUCAAUAGUUGGGCAAAAUAAGGAAUUGGAUGGUCAUUCAUUUAUGAAAAACAAUGACAAAGAGGAUUUUGUUAUGGAUACAGUGGGGGCUGUAUGUAUUGACAGCAAUGGACAUGUAGCAUCAGGGGCAUCUAGUGGUGGCAUUGCAUUAAAGGUUGAUGGGCGGGUUGGAUUGGCAGCAAUGUAUGGUUCAGGAUGCUGGGCUUCAGUGAAAGAUCCCUUUGGCUCUCCAUUUGUUGUUGGAUGCUGUGCAACUGGUGUUGGAGAGUGUUUGAUUAAAGGGUUUGCAGCACGUGAAUGUUGUGUGUCAUCAUCAUUGUCACAGUCAGGUCCUGUAUCUGCCUGUAUGAAAAUCCUUCGUUCUCUUAUCCACAGUAGCAGUCAAAAAUCCCAUGAUACAGGUGGUGGUGUGUUGCUACUGCAGGCUGAUACUGUGAAGAUUGCAGAAAAUUUAUCUUCUUUGAAAGCAGUCGAGGUUGUAGCUGCCUAUUCCUCAUCAUCCUUCGGGGUAGGCUAUUUUGGAAGCUUCAUGGAUCGUCCAAAGGUGUCAGUACUUAGAGCUGCGGAACCACGUGACAGCAGCAAAGUCAGCCAAUUUGCAACACGAAUUAAUUUUGAUGCUUUAUGAUGGAAGUCGCAUGGCAUGGUCUGCUACAUGUUAGGUCAUGAUAUUUUCAGCAAUGAAUCCCUGCCCAGCCAGAUUCUCUAAUUCGUCCAAGAUAGAUAGGAAGAACAAGUCUGAACGAGAUGAUUGGUGUUUUGUCGGCCCUGAUAUGUGUCAUCAUCGCGCUCUGUCAUUUGUGCUUUUCUUAUUUGUUGUCUGGUACUACAAGUAGAGCGCAGCUGUGUCUUUGUGAAUGCUGAGAAGAGGAUGGUAAUGCUUUUGGAUUAACGGUGACAUUCUGAUUUUAAGAUUAAUAUUAUUCACAGCACAUUACUUUUUCCGAA